GAAAAUCAUUAUGGUGAAGCUUGCAACUUCUGUUUAGAAAGUGAUGACUGCACUGGUCACUAUACUUGUAAUUUUUCCGAUGGAAGUAAGAUAUGCAUGAGCAACUGGAAUGGAACAGAUUGUAACAUUUGGACUGGGCAGGCAUACACGUGUCUUCAUUUUACAGGCUCUACAAAGACAGAUGAUGUCAGAGGACUUUGGGAUGGUACAAUUACAUGCCCAUCUGGGGGUCCAUUUGUUUUCACAUUGGGUCUUCUUAGUCCAAGAGCUACCAGGGUAGAAGGGUAUUUCCAGUUGAUGUAUUUAAAUGGAACAAACAUUACAUCUUUUGGAGUGAAUGGAACAUAUUCACUAUCCAGGAUGUCAUUUACUUUAAUUCCCGUAUAUGGUUCUUCAAUAAUAUUGCCUAUUAAUGGUAUCAUUGGCCAAAUAGAUGAUGAUGCAGACAAUAUGAGUGCUGAAAUAUAUUCAAGGGGAUCCAGAUGCAAACUUGAUGGUUCUAGAAGAACAGCAUUUAUUGAUGCAUGCCAGAAUAAUGCUUCAUGUGUUAGAACUGGGGAAAAUAUUGAUGACUUCUACUGCUGCUGUGAGCCAGGAUUUAAAGGGGAGAGAUGCCAAAUAGAAAUU